GUCCAAGUUGUUAAUGAGCAAAACAAAAGCCUUGUUUUCAUUUUAAAACUACACAGAUUUCAAGGGAAACGCUGAGAAAUGCUGACGUGGUUCUUUUUUUUUUUUAUCACACGUCGACACACACACUGAGGACAAACUUCAGUCAAACGAGCCUUUUCAUUUGGGGGGCGUUUUUUUUUUUCCUCCUUUUUUUCCCCCUCCCUCCAUAAUGGUACAGUCCUUCAGCUGUACGUCUCUAAAUUGCUUUGCCAGGCUAUAAAAGUGAUCGACUGUGCGAAGCAAGAGAAGAAGCAGGUAAAAAAAAGAAAAGGAGUAAUAAACCGACAGCAAGUGACAGAGAGACUAUCCUCCUGCAGCAGAAAGAUGGAGCAAACCGAGGUGGUGAAACCUGAAACUCUGGAUGAGCUGAUCAAAAUCCUCCAUGAAAUCUUCGAGAAUGACAACAUCAAUGUGGAGGAGGUGCAGAAUAUCAUGGAAUCAUAUGAGAGCAAGCCUCACGAGUGGAGGAAAUAUGCAAAGUUUGACCAGUACAGGUACACCAGAAACUUAGUGGAUGAGGGUAACGGGAAAUUCAAUCUCAUGAUCCUCUGCUGGGGCGAAGGACACGGCAGCAGCAUCCAUGACCACACAAACUCCCACUGCUUCAUGAAGCUGCUGCAGGGGCAGCUGAAGGAGACGCUCUUCCAGUGGCCAGACAGCAAGUCACAUGGAGAUAUGGUUCAGAAAUCUCAGAGAAUUCUCCAGGAGAACAAGGUCGCUUACAUCAGCGACACCAUCGGUCUGCAUCGCGUGGAAAACGUCAGCCACACAGAGUGUGCGGUGAGUUUGCACCUGUACAGCCCUCCGUUUGAGACCUGCCAGACCUUUGACCAGCGAACAGGACAUAAGAACACCGUCAAGAUGACCUUCUGGAGCAAAUACGGAGCAAGAACCCCAUUUGAGACCACAGUGUCACAAGAAAACAACUAGAGGUCACCGAGCGAAGCGUUGCACAACGUCGACGCUUGAGUUUGAAAUGGCGAUUCGAUGCAACCGAUUCAAAGGAAAGUGCUGCAAAAUGCAAAAAAUGUGAACCUACAACUACACAACCCAUUUCAAACUUAGGAGAGGGCCGGUUCAAAAGGACAGUGCGCUAAUUAGAACGGCUUUAUCGCUGCCCGGUGCAAACUUGGCAAAUACUGAUGAGCACGGGACGAAUGCAUGAAUGGGCUCGGACAUGGACUGAAUCUGCCUUUUGUUUGCUGGGCCUGAAGAGAGCCUUUCCCAAAAACAACAUUCCUGUCUGUCCACGACCUGUCUAACCACACUUUCAUGGUCAAAAUAAUAGAGCUUUAGCAUUU